GCACCAAAUCACAGGAGCCAGGUUCACCUGCGGGCCCAGCGGUACACCUGUCGCGCAAUCUCGCCACCCCUGCGCUUCGCCUCGGAUUUAUCUGCCGAUCAAUCAUGUGCCAAUGAUCCCCGCCGAGCCGUAGACUGCAAUCAACUGAUCAAUAAGCAUGAAGAGGGGGCCGCUGAACUUUUUGGGUCGAAAGAACCAAUCUCUGUUCGACACCAAUAUCAAAAUGAAGGACAUGGAUAAUGUGGAGUUGGUGCUGGAGUCCUCUGCAAUCCCUGAGUCAGGGACGGCCAGCGUGCGAGCCAGACCCACAGUCAAGCAUCACUCUUCCUCGUCUGACAGUUUUCAAGGGUUUGCCGUCCCAACACCCAAAGUCCCUCUGCUCCCCCCAGUCAAUGGGCCAAAGAUCAACGGUUCAGCUCUUGGAAGUCACUUGUCCAAUGGAUCUGUUAUAUCUGUGCCUGACAUUGUGGAAGGGGAAAUUUUUGUUCCUCCUCCUCCCUCUACAGCACCUCCUCCCCCUCCUGGCAAUUUCAUCCCUCCACCAGACUUCUUGGGCGAUUUGAACACUCUAGACCCAGCAAUCCUUCAGCCUCCUCCUAUGCCUGCACCAAAACCCACUUCACUAGCACUGUCCAUGGAGGAAGAGGAUUAUUCCUUCCUAAAACCGCCACCAAUGGCUCCACCAAAGCCUCCAUCUACUUGCUCUUCUGGAUCUGCAUCAUCUAUACCCAUUUCUACUCCAUCACCAGCCAUGGUUCCUGAGCAUCCAAGAUUUGCUCCACCACAGCUCCCUACAGAAAAGCAAAACAAGACUCAUAAGAUGCCACCCCCCAAACCCAUUAGAUGGGCUUCCGUGUCCAGCAUUGAUUCCCCACCACAGUCUCCUGCACCACCUCCCCCUGUUCAGACUCCCACAUUGUCCACCUUCAAUCCCCAAAACACAGCAAAGCUGUAUAAUGCUCCUAAGACCUCAAUUCUUGGUGGGUAUGAGGAUCGCGACACAAAACGUAAGCAGAUGUUGGUUCUGGAAGACUCUGGGUCUGUUAACUCUGCGCCGGUGCUCAUCCAGGUGGAUGGGAAAGCCUCUAACAUGUCUACACCAACUAAACCAGUGUCCAAAGAUGUACAGGAGAUAAAGGCUAACUUACAAAUCACCCAGCCUCCUCAGGUAACUGUACCUGAGAUUAAAAAGGAGGCUAAAACAGAGACGGUUUCGGUACCGCCAGAAAUACCCAAACCAGUCCGGUCUCAACCUCAGAAGUCUCCUCAGCUUAUUGCUCAGGUGAAUUCAGAGCCCAUCAAGAACAAAACUGAUGAAUCUACAAGUGCCGGCCACAGAUUCAGUCCGUUAUUGGAUCGUAAACUACGCAGCCUGAAGACUAGUGAAACCAGUGGGGCAAGAGACGGACAUGCAGCCUCUCCGCUGGCUCUUUUAAUGGCAGCAAAGGAAAGAGACAGACACAGAUCGACUCAUCACUCCCUGUCACCGGAAGACAGUGCCAAGAAGAAUGAGCCGGUGAGUGCAAGCAUCCACCCGAGUGACACAAGUCCCAAUUCCUUUGUUGUAAUCCCGAGGUCAGGUUCAUCAUCUUCUCAGACAUCCACAGAAGAAAAGCUACAGGCGAGCCUGAAACCUGCUAGUUCUUUGGAAAAUACACAAACUGUUCAGUCUCCAGAGAAAUCCAGAAGUCCUGCAGUGAUAAAGGAACAGCCACCAUUUACCAAUCCAGCUCUCAGUAGGAUCACAGCAGCUGCAUCUCCAACAAUGAGCAACCUGACUGAGCAGAAACAAAAUUCACAACAAAGUCUCUCAAAGUCCAGGGGUGUACAGCCUGAGGACAAUAAAGAGGAGUUAAAUUUGCCAUUACUCCCUCCACCGCCAGAGUUCGACGAUUUAGAUAACUUUAUGGAGCCGCCGCCGUCCAUCCUUCCUCCUGACCCUCCUAGGAAAAAGGCCCCAACACCAACUGUGAGCCUUCUCACUCCAGCUCCCGUUCCAUCUCCUCCUCCAAAUCCUCCAAAUCCUCCAAAACCUCCACCCCCAGCACCUCCCAAACUCCCACCUCCUGACUUCCAUGUCAAACCAAAGCCACAAGUCCAAAUAAAACCCAAGCCUGCCCCCACUCAGCUACCAGCCAACCUCACACCCAGUCAGUCCACUCUUCUGAGCAUCUUACAAAAGAAGAUGCUGGAAAUGGACCACAAAAUGGGUCCAGUGAAGGACACAGAGCCUGGUUCUGAUGACUGGGGCUCCCCUUUGUCUGAUGAGGACGGUAAAAUCCCUGUUGUACCCAAAGCCAAACCGCAAACCAAAAGUUUCCCUGUUGUCAACAAGGCUGCAACCUUAGACAUGAGGGAGUUGGAGAAUAAAGUGGCCAGAAAAUAUCAGGACACCUCACCAAUCAAAGCUCCUACUAGCAACGGACCACAGUCAAAACAUCAGUAUGGCAUGACUUUCACAGUUCGGCCUGGAACCAAACAGCCCAUUACUCUUGUUAGUAAAGGGGAACCGUAGUUCUGUGGAAAUUGAACAAAUCUGUUGUAUAAAGCGCACAUUGAUUGUAUUUUUUAAAAUAUACAUUAGCAGGAAUUUGAAUGGCAGGGUAAAGGCACUUUGAAUAAAUCAGUUACACAAAUAUGGAAAAAAUGUCUCAUAAGAAAGAUUUGCUCAGUUAUGAAUUAUUGAGUGCACUCUGUCAAAGCAUUCUCUUUUACAUUUUUAUAUAUUGUAUACAUUUUUUAAGUAUCACAAACAGGUGGACUAUUUUUGAAGAUUUUUUUUUGCUGCUGCUGCUACUUUUUUCAGCGUAGAACUAUAUGUUGCACAUGUUGCCUUUCAACCACGGCUUUUAAUCAGUCUUAAUUCCACUUGGGUAAUGUAGAACAUAAAGUUUUGAUUGUAAAAUACAAGAUAUUUGUUGUUUUUCAUGUUAUUUCACUGUUACAUGUACAUGAUGUAGGUCGACUGGAGCGAAUCCAAGUUAAUCAGAUGAGUACUCAAGUCUGUUUCUCAUAUUUAUUGAUCUAAAAAGUGUCAGUAUAUAAGUUAAUUUACUCCAGUAAAAUGUGUUAGUAUAGUUGCAUUUUGUUAUUAAUGUACAUAUCUUCAAAUAAAUUUUUGAUUGAUUGAUUUUGAUACAUAUGUUUGUACAAAAUUAAAAUCGAAGUUGGACAUUGUAAUAUGUAGUUGUAUGUACACGUUAAGGUUAUAUAUUCAUCAAACUGACUUCCAUGUUCAUUCACAGCAAAUGCUGUCCAACAACUCACCGUCCGGAAAAUAAAACCAACCAGUUACUGGA